CUUAUUGCGUCAGCUACGGGAACACCUACCUUUCGAUCGCCGGAUCCAUGGCAGAUCAAUCUGCUUAAAUGAUAAUAGUGUAAGAGAGGACCUAUUCUGUGACCGUGUGUGAAAACUUAUAAAAGCUUACAGAUUAGAUUGACACACAUAAAAACGCGGAUAUUUUAUGGCAACUUUUUUUAGAAUAAGAUGGACGGAGUUACUUCCCUUGCGCUAUUGAUUCCCAAGCAGCCACCAGUUGGGCCGAGGCACAAAGACAAGGAACAUGUUUAGCAUCUAGAUUGUUCAGCAUCAGCAUCCACAGUCACAGUCAGCCGUACUUUACACCACUGUCCCACCGCCCGGGCACACUUAUUCAUGAACGUGCGUGAUCCAGUUUUACAACUCUGCGACAGCCGGGCUGCAUGGACUUUCCACAGAAACGACGCAGCUGUGAAAAAAGAAGGAUUAUGAGCCAUGACCUAUGGCAAGUAACGGGAUCAAUGGUGUCCAGCUGUUUAAAAAAAGCAUUAUGAUGUGUUUUUGCCAAACUGUCAAGUUAAAAACACCGAUGACACUUUCAAAGGAGAUGAUACACCUGGCCGCCAAGGAUGUGUACAGACUUAUCGUAUGAUGCAAAUUGCAAUUGGGCUUGAAUACUCAAUACUCACAGGAAACCUGAACUAUUUUCCAUAUUGAAUGCAAGAAGUGGCAUGUGGUUGUAACAGAAUAGAUUUAUAUGUGUGAUAUAUUAAUUUUCAGAAGCGAGUAUACACGUAGUCCACAACGCGAAGGUGAUAUUCAAUGAAGUUUAGGGUCUCCGCUGAAGGUGUUAAUCGAAUAGAUGACUUUGGGAACUGUAAGCCAUAUUCAGCCGUGUAUCUGAGUAUAUGCUAAGCUGACAAAUGUACAUAUAACAUAGUAAGUGUUAUUGCCAUGGAUACCUCGGAGGGUGCCAAAUCAGGGGUACAAAUGGAGAGUCAUGUUCGAAAUAUUUCACCAGGAUGUCCUGACCAACAUCACAACCCUGUUCAGUUUCCAGACACAGAAUCAUGCCAAGAAAACAGAUGCCAUGAACGCGACAAUGAAAUGAAGCCAACAAAACCCAGCCUAGACGAAUGGAACGAGUUGACCAAAUUCAUAAGAAACAAUAACCUUGAAAACGUAAGGCUUUGGUUCGAGUCUCGGGGUUUAGGUUCAAAUGCCAAAGACCUCUGGAACAUCAAUUCCUAUUGGCCUCUUCAGACUGCUGCGGAAACUGGAUGUGUUGCCAUUUUGGAUGCUCUACUUGAGUACGGGUUCGAUGCUUCGGGGUCCUUCUUUGGGGACGGUCUGGUUCAGUGUGCUUCAACUAAUGGCCACGUUGGAAUGAUCAGAAGAUUGAGUCAGCUUGGCCUACCAUUAACGUCCAACGAAGACUAUGGGUUCACGCAUUUACACUACGCCGCAAAGAGCGGUGGUGAUAAUUCCCGCGCGAUCCAGUAUCUGAAGCAAAGAGGGAUUGACCCCAACUCUAAGAACUGGUUCGGCGAGACUGCGCUACAUGUAGCUUCCGGUGAAGGAUCGAUCCAUAACGUGCAUGCUUUGAUAGAGGCUGGAGCGUCUGUGAACAUUAGAACCACAAGAGGGAUAUCUCCUUUGUAUAGGGCAUUAAAGAGAGAUGGCGAGGUUCUGGAUCAUGUGGAGACGCUUCUUGAAGCUGGUGCUGUUUCCCUCUGGACACCAAGCAAAUAUUGCGAGUUCCAUGCAGCCAGUAAAGUAAAGAACCUGUCUGUGAUUUCGUUACUCGUGUCUAUGAACUUCUAUAUGACAGGCGAGGGUUGUGGCUGGGAGGACAGUCCCUUGUAUAACCUUGCCAUGAUGGCCAACUCAGACAGAGAGCAGGCCAUUGAUAUCACCAUCAGGGGUGGUUAUGAUAUCAAGCCCGAUUUGGCAUGGAUACUGGACGAUAGACACUAUCCCGCCUUCUUUGAGAAGGAAGCCCUUAGAAAGCAGUUGAUGUUUUAUGCAACUAACCCAAUGACUCUGGUACAGAUGAGUUGUGUGGUGAUACGGAAGGUGUUGGGUCCAUCAUUGCCAGCCACGUUGCCGUCUCUGCCUUUACCAGAAAGACUUAGAGAUUGUGUAAGAAUCCGUUGAUGUCCUACAUGGCCAUGGUGUCUUCUUCAAGUGAGUGAGUGGUUGGUUGGUUGGCUGUUUUGUUGUUUUACGCCGCACUCAGCAAUAUUCCAGCUAUAUGACGGCGGUCUGUAAAAUAAUCGAGUCUGGACCAGACAAUCCAGUG